AUCGUUUCAAAGCACCAACCAAAAUGUGGACGUCCUUUUCGAAAUUUCUAGGUAAAUUUCAUCGUCUUUCUCCGAGUUGCUGUCUUGGUAACUUCAUUAAGAGAUACAUAUCUUCGUCGAGAGUAAUCAACAACCGUUCUGAGUGGAAUUCUGUGGUAUUUUUGAGAGCAAGGGAAUAUAAAGACCGAGUUGCGAUUGUUGAUUCGAAUGGAAGCCACUCAUACGAGCAUGUUCUUCACUUGAGUCAAAUAAUCGGAAACAAAAUCUUAGAGAGGAUCGGAAAAAGAGAUCUUUCCGGUCGAUGUGUUGCUUUUUUAUGUCCAAACGACGUUUCAUAUGUGGCUUCGAAGUGGGCGAUCUGGAGAAAUGGCGGCACUGCAGUUCCCCUGUGCAAUUCUCAUCCUGCGAGCAUGCACGAUUACGUGAUCCAAGACUGUAACGCCGAGUUAGUUAUAUCGUCCAGUGACUAUGCACCUAAACUAGAAUCAAUAGCUAAGGGACAGGAAGUCGACAUCAUGUUUUUGACAGAUGUCAAUCAAGUCUUAGCAUCUGCCAAUCAGAUGUUGUCAAGUGAAGAGCUCACUACAGUGGAAAUGACUGAACAAUGUUGGGAUAAGCGUGACGCAAUGAUUGUGUAUACGAGUGGAACCACAGGGCAACCAAAAGGUGUUUUAUCCACUCAUGGAAAUUUGAGAUCCCAGAUUACUGCUUUAGUCAAAGCAUGGGAAUGGACUGCAGCUGACUAUAUUAUCCACUGUCUACCACUUCAUCAUGUCCAUGGCAUAGUAAAUGUCCUUCUUUGUCCUUUGUGGGUUGGAGCCACAUGUCACAUGUUACCAAAGUUUAAGCCUGACAAGGUGUGGGAUAUCCUAACUGGAGAUGAGCCACGCCCAUCUUUAUUCAUGGCUGUUCCAACAAUUUACAGCAAACUGAUAGAGCACUAUGAGAAAGAGAAGUGGACAGAACAAGAGAAAGAGAGAAUCAGAUUUAGAUGUGAACAGCUCAGAUUGAUGGUAUCUGGUUCAGCUGCUCUGCCUGAACCUGUUAUGAAAAGAUGGAAAGAGAUAACAGGACAUACUUUGUUAGAAAGAUAUGGAAUGACAGAGAUAGGGAUGGCUCUCUCGAACCCGCUGCAUGGACCAAGAUUGGCGGGUUCUGUGGGAACACCUUUACCCGGGACAGAAGUUCGGAUUGUUACAGAGAAUGUGGAUGGUGAAAAAGAAGUUAUAGCUGCAGGGAACGAACAUGGUUCUUCUGUUUCUUCUUGCAAUGAAGGCCGAGAAGGAGAGCUCCAAGUUCGUGGACCAUCAGUGUUCAAAUGUUACUGGAAUAAACCUGAUGCUACACGAGAAACCUUUACAGAGGACAGCUGGUUUAAAACAGGCGAUACUGCUGCUUAUACAGAUAGAGUUUACAGCAUUCUGGGCAGGACAUCAGUGGAUAUCAUUGAAAGUGGAGGCUACAAGAUCAGUGCUCUUGAAGUUGAGCGGCAUCUUUUGUCACACAAUGACAUCAUAGACUGUGCUGUGUUGGGCAAACCUGAUCCCGUGUGGGGGGAGCGUGUGGCUGCAAUUGUCACGCUGAGUCCUGGAAAGAAAAUGAGUCUUGAAGACUUGAAACAAUGGGCCAGCGGUUUCAUGGCUCCGUACCAUAUUCCCUCGGUUUUGAUGGUGGUGGACGAGUUGCCACGGAACAGUAUGGGAAAAGUGAAUAAGAAAGAAUUAAGAAGAGACUACUUCGCUAAGGAAUGAUAUAAGACGUAUAUGGAGCUCAAUUCUAGUUGAGCUUUAAGUACAAGACUAUUUGAGACAAUGUGAAACUGAAGUUCACAAUAUUUAACAAUUAUUCGCCAAAGGCGAGGUGAAUAAGUCGAGGGGAUUAUUCGACAAUGUUCACCGAA